AUGCCGCCCCGGCCGCGGCCGCCGCCGAGCCCCGCGCUGCCGCUGCCUCAUGUCGGAAGAGCCGCCGCCGCCGCCGCCGCCGCCACCAUCUCCGGCCCCCUCCCCCUCCCGCUGUCACUGACAGACUCGCGCCCGCGCCGCCCCUCGCCCCGCCGCAGCGCGCACGCGCGGCCCGCGCACGCCGCCGCCAGGUCCGGGGCACGCGCACGGUGCGCGCGCCGGGACGGCAGGGCUGCGGGACAGGGGCGGGCCGUGUGCUGA